AUGGCUGAAAAGGUUAGAUAUUUUCUUGAGCAGUCUGUUCCUGAGCUCGAAGAUCUCACCAAGAAAGGUCUUUUCGACAAAAAUGAAAUCACGAUGAUCAUGAGAAGAAGAACCGACUUCGAACAUCGUAUCCAAGGUAGAGGAUCCAAACCUAGAGAUUAUUUGAAGUAUGCAGAAUUUGAAGGUAAUUUAGAAAAAUUAAGAAAGAAGAGAUAUAACAGAUUAUCUAAGGUUGGUUUGAUUGAAACCAAGCCGAGCUUACUGGACUGGGCCGGUUCAAGAAGAAUUUUAUUCAUAUUCGACAGAGCUACCAGGAGAUACCCAGGAGAUUUGAGUAUCUGGGGACAGUACUUGAAGUUUGCCAAAGCAAAUGGAGCCAUUAAAGUGAUAUAUAAGGUGUACUCUAGGUUAUUACAAUUGCAGCCUAGAAAUGUAGAUGCUUGGUUGUCUGCAGCCAAGUAUGAAUUUGAAACCAAUGCCAACGCCAAAGGUGCAAGAGUUUUGUUUCAGAGAGGUUUGAGGUUCAACCCGGAGUCUUUGGAAUUGUGGUUAUCCUAUGCACAAUUUGAAUUGACAUACAUCUCCAGAUUGUUGGCCAGAAGAAAGGUUUUAGGAUUAAUUGCUCAAAAGCAACAACAAGACCAUUUGCAAAGCGAGAGCGAUAACUUGCAACAAGCAUUAGACAAGGACUCUGCUGACAUGGAUGUCGACAGUGAUGUGAUAAUAUUGCCACAACAGACUGGUGAGGAUGUGAUGAAAGAAGAGUUGAAACAUUUACCUGAAGCAGAUAUGAACGUACUUGGCAACCCUGAAACAAACCCUGCUUUAAGAGGGGACGUUGCAUUAACUGUAUUCGAUUUAUGUAUUCCGGCUAUCCUCAAGACUAUCCCAGCCAAUUCAAAUGUAAUAACUGAAGAAUCAAAGACAUUUGAGAUUGUGGAGAACUUCUUAAAGAUUGUGGAUCAUUUUGACGAUUUAAAUAAGGACUACCUUUACAUGCAUGUAUUGAACUACUUACAAUCCAACUACCAGAAAAAUUUCAGUACUUAUUUGAUUGACAUCACUUUACCGAUCAGAAAGGUCACCAGUGCGAGUGAGAACCUUGCUGGAUCUUUGCAGUUGGCUGUUAACAAGUUCAUGGCAUAUAAAGCGAAGAUAAUUAACCCCAAAGAAAAGGAACAGUUGACGCUGUUGUUCGUUGAGCAAUUGACCAAUCAAUUCUUGUUGGAUGAAGAUAACAAGCCAACUGAAAGAGUAGAGGGCUUAUUGAGAGCCAUCAUAAAGAAGUGUAAGAAUUAG